GUACAACAUAUCUUUUUACUUAUUUGCAUUAUUGGAUUUAAAAGAAAACAGAGUACUCUUCCAAAGCAACUCAAAAGCUCUAAACUUUCUGUGAAUCUCCCCAAGAACAACAACAACCUUCGGAUCUUUAGUUCGAAGUGAUCGGCAAUGAACAACCCGACACUCUUUUCUCCUAAAAGUCCACACUUUUUCCAGCCUCUUCUUCCCGGUUUCAAGAGCCACAUCAACAUUCCUGUGAAGUUCUUCUCCAAGUAUAUCAAGGGGAAACACGAAGGAAAGACCGUAAAAUUGAGAUCAGAUUCUUCGAAGAGAACAUGGAAAGUGAAGAUUGAGGGCCAUACGCUCACCGACGGUUGGAAAGAGUUUGUGGAGGCACAUGAUCUUCGAAUCAGUGACUUCGUCAUCUUCAAACACAAAGGAGACAUGUUCUUCGAUGUCACUGCUUUAGGAUCCAGUUGCUGUGAGGUCCAAUACGCACCAUCUUGUAGUCACGGUGAAAACGAAGAGAGUGAUGAAAUUGGGGAAUCUUCAAGAAAGGAGAAAGAAAUUGAGGAGAAUAUAGAAACAGAACCCGAUCAGUUUUCAUCAGAUCUAACAUGUUUUAGCCAAUCUGUGACCACUUCAAACCUAAUGAGAGAUUCAGUGGGUGUGCCCAGAGAUUUCGCAAAGCGAUAUGGUUUCAACAUAGGAAGGCAUGAGAUAGUUUUGAUGAACGAAGAAGGAAAGCCAUGGGAAUCAGAAGUUAUAAGUUAUAAGUCUGGUAAAGUUAUUGUAGCUGGAGGUUGGAAAAGUCUCUGCACUGAAAGUAAAUUAGAAGUUGGAGAUUCUUGUACAUUUAAACUGCUUCACAACGCCAAAAUGCCCGUGUUUCGGCUCUGCAGCAAGCUCCCAAAGGCUGGAGCAGAGGCUCGGCCACUCAAGAGAGCUCGAGUCCAAAGAUGGAGCCAAGAGAGUAGAUCGAAGCAUGACGUGAGGGAGAAGAUAGCUGAAGAAGGAGAACCUUCUCGUCGCAAUCGCACAUCUAACAAGUCUACUGGUGAUCAAGGAAAGUUGCAGCAAACGCAAUCUUGCUUUAUCUUUGAUCAUGUGGCUAAGGUGAACCAGAGCGUUGAUAACAUGGGAAAGCUUCUGAGAAAGAAACAUGUGAACAAGAGGAUUCCUGAAACAGAAGCAAAGUCUUUUUCAUUAUACAAGUCUUGUUUCGUUGCAUAUGUAACAGAUUGGAACCUACGAGAGGAUACACUGUCUCUUCCAAGGAAUUUUGUUAGGUCCGAUGGUCUGAUUAAAGGAAGUAACAAGAUUGUUCUAAUGAAUGAAGGAGCAAGGACAUGGACGCUUAUUCUGAAGUUUAGGGAUUCACGUAGAUCGUUUUACAGUAGGGGUGGCUGGAGAAGUUUCUGCCGUGAGAAUGGGCUUAAACCUGGAGAUUCUGUCACGUUUAAACUGGAGAGUAGCAACACAAAAACGCCUCUACUCCUUUUCUCCAUUGCAGAAUCAAAGAGUGCUUCCACAAAAGAUAGGACCCGAUUUCUGACACUAACUGUCACACCAUCCAGUAUCCGCAGUUCCAGACUUUAUCUUUCGAAGAAGUUUAUUAGUGUUAACAAGAUGGAAAGGGCAGGAGGGAAGAAGAUAACUCUAUUGGACAAGAAUGGAGAAGAGUGGCCAGUGACCUUACUGAUGGAUAAAAGAUAUACAAGGAUGGUUUUGGGUUCAGGGUUGAGAGAAUUCUGCAAUGCUAUUGGCGUUAAGGCAUAUGAAUCUGUGGUGUUGGAGUUGGUUUGGGAAGAGACAACAACUCUUCCUAUGUUCAAAUUCUGCUCCAAGAUCAAGACUUGACUCUAAUUUGCACCCAAGUUAUUAUAAGUAAGAAUGGUCUGUUUUAGUGAGCUCACAACCUAUGCAGUAUGAAUCCAGUGUAGUCUUUCUAUUUAUGUCAACAACAUUUACUCUAAUAAGGGUCUUGAAAACAAGUAAUAACAAUAUAUAAGUUCUAUCUAUUAUCACUAUUCUGUAAUAUCAUCUGCGUAAGUUAGAGCUUAGAAGCUUUCUGCAUAACAAUUGAUCAAAA